GUGGUUUGCGCUGUUGUUGACUGCAGUUUUGUUUGGACACCUCCUCGUGCUAUUCACUGCGCUUUCAGCAGACAUGACAUCCAACUAUUUCAAGAACGCGGAGGAGAGCCCGGAGCCCUGCAAGGCAGAAGUGAAAGGGAGUAUUCCCAGCUGGCUGCAAGGGACCCUGCUGCGCAAUGGUCCCGGUAUCUUUUCUGUGGGGGCCACCAGCUACGACCACUGGUUCGAUGGGAUGGCCAUCAUGAACAGCUUCGCCAUUAAAGAUGGUGAAGUGACUUACAGAAGCAGAUUUCUAAGAAGUGACACCUACAAAAGCAACAUGGAUGCAAACAGGAUCGUUGUGUCCGAAAUGGGGACAAUGGCUUACCCAGACCCAAGCAAGAACUUUAUUGUCAAGGCGAUAACCUUUAUCAACCACACAGUGCCCGACUUCACUGACAACGGCGCGAGCAAUUUCAUUAAAUACGGAAAGGACUACUACGCCACCUCAGAGACCAACUACAUCCGCAAGAUUGAUCCUGUGACACUGGAAACUCAGGACAAGGUGGACUACAUGAAAUACCUGCCGGUAAACUUGUCAACAUCCCAUCCGCACUAUGACAAAGAGGGCAACGCCUACAACAUCGGGACUUCAAUAGCAGACAAGGCCAAGACCAAAUACAUACUGUUCAAAGUCCCUGCUGUUUCAGAGAAAGACAAAGACCAGAAUGUCCCCGCACUGAAGAACGUGGAGGUGAUCUGCACAGUCCCCUGUCGCACCCUGCUCACACCCAGCUACUACCACAGCUUUGGCAUGACGGACAACUACUUCAUCUUCAUCGAGCAGCCUCUCAAACUGGACAUCCUCAAGAUGGCCACGGCGUACAUGAGAGGGGUCAACUGGGCGAGCUGCCUGAAGUUCUGCCCGGAGGAAAACACUCUGAUCCACCUGAUAGACAGAAAGACCGGCAAAGUGGUCGAGACAAAUUACUUCACUGGCUCGAUGGUCGUCUACCACCACGUGAAUGCUUUUGAGGAGGACGGUCAUGUGGUCGUCGAUGUCAUCGCCUACAAUGACAACGGCCUUUAUGACAUGUUCUACUUGAGCAAGCUGAUGGAAAACUCAGAGGGUCAGGGUGAUAAAUACUCCAGACCAGUCUACAAACGAUUUGUACUCCCCCUCCAGUCAGACAAGGGCGUGGCGGUUGGAGAAGACUUGGUGAAACUCAAGUACACGACCGCCAGUGCUGUGAAGGAGAAAGAAGGCAAACUGAAGUGUGAAGCGGAGGUUUUAUGUCGAGGUUUUGAAUUGCCCCGAAUGAAUUAUGACUUCAAUGGCAAGAAGCAUCAGUUUGUCUAUGGGAGCAAUGUGGAGGAUUCUGCUCUGACAAACAAGCUCGUCAAGUUCGACGCAGACACCAAGGAAAGGGUUUACUGGAGUGAAGACAACUGCUUGCCAUCAGAGCCUGUGUUCAUCCCCAGACCAAAUGGAGAGUCAGAAGAUGACGGUGUUGUCCUGGCAUCAGUUAUCAGCACCGAUGCAGGCCUGUCUGGUUUUAUCUUGAUUCUUGACGGCAGAACGUUCAAAGAAGUAGCUCGAGCAUACGUGAACAAGGGGCUCCAGAUGGACAUGCAUGGUUUUUUCAUCCCACACGAAAAUUCGUCAGUUGUUAACAUGUAAAACGUUGCUGUGUGGCACAGGAAUCUAUUUUAAAACUCUACUUAUUGGCUGCCUCAUCUCUGUUAUAAUUACAGGAUAGUGUCUAAAACUAAUUUGUAUUGGCCUGUUUAUUCAAGAAAAGAUGCAGAUUCCUUAAUUUUUUUGCGUGGAUCAAAAUGUUGUUUAUGCAUGUGUAUAUAUAUAUAUAAAUAUAUCGCUAUUUGAUAUGUAGUCCACAUUAUUGUAUUGCUAAGAGAUCAUUAUAUUUGUGCUUCUCCUUCUCGUGAAAAAAUAAAAUAUGUCCAUUUUUAA